AUAAAGCCACAUCCACCCCUUAAGUUCAAAACUCAGGAGACCCAAUCUCCUGAACCAAUUUCUCAAUUAAUCUCCAGCUUUCUUCUUCUUCUUCUUCUUCUUCUUCUUCUUCUUCUUCUUCUUCUUCUUCUUCUUCUUCUUCAAACUGAAAUAUAUAAUCAAGAUGAGGUCCAAAACCCAGUCGCCUUUCAACGUUAAGCUCCUCUUGAUUGGUUUCUUCAUUGUUUUUCUCCUCCUUUAUGUACUAAGAUCAUCAUCUUCGUCCAACCAACAAGCUCCCACAGCACAGCCGGAAUCCUCCUCGAAGGAAGAAGUCUCAUCAUCAUCAACCUCCUCCUGCCCGCCUCCUCCCUCCACACCAACCUGCGCCAACAUCCCAGCCUCACUAGCCCAGGCUCUCAUACACUACUCCACCUCAAACAUCACCCCGCAGCAAACCCUGAGAGAGAUCUCCGUCACAUCCCGAAUCUUAGAGAAGAAAUCUCCCUGCAAAUUCUUGGUCUUCGGCCUGGGCCACGACAGCCUCAUGUGGAGCGCGCUCAACCAUGGCGGUCGCACGGUUUUCCUGGAAGAAGACAAGGCAUGGAUCGAGCAAAUCAAGCAGCGGUUCUCCGGCUUAGAAUCGUACCAUGUGGUGUAUGAUACCAAGGUGAGAGAAGCAGAUGAACUGAUGGAGGUGGGGCAAGGAGAAGACUGCACGGCGGUGGGUGACCCAAGAUUUUCCAAGUGCAGGCUCGCGUUGAAGGGUAUCCCAGAUGAGAUUUUCGAGACAGAGUGGGACUUGAUCAUGGUGGAUGCGCCGACGGGAUAUAUCGACGAUGCGCCGGGGAGGAUGAAUGCUAUCUACACAGCGGGGUUGAUGGCUAGGAACAGGGAGGAGGGAGAGACGGAUGUGUUUGUGCAUGACGUGGAUAGGGUGGUGGAGGACAAAUUCUCUAAGGCUUUUCUGUGUGAAGGGUACAUGAGGGAACAGGAAGGAAGGUUGAGGCACUUCACCAUUCCAAGCCACAGAGCCAACCCUGGUAGGCCCUUCUGCCCUCCUUAGCCUCGCCUCGCCUCGCCUCACAAUUUUUUAAUUUCCUCUCUCUUUUUCAUGGUUGGGCAAAUGGGCCGGCCCAUCAUUUGAAGAUAGAUACCUGCUCCUUGGCUCCUUCCUUUCUUUCUUUUUUUAUUUUUUAUUUGGUUAUCUUAUUGUGACGAUGAUUCGUACCUGUAGUGGAUUUUUUUUUGGUUAAUUUCCAUGAGCGAAAUUAUAGAAACGAUUGACUCGGUGAUUCAUAGUAUUCAAUCCUAUCGGAUUCGGGUUUUUUA